CGUAGUGAUGUAAUCACCUAUGUCUUAGAAGGUCAUGUACGACUUGGUUUCGUCGUUCAGACACGUGGUAAACUAAUUGAAAAUAUAUUGUCUCCCGGUAUGGGUAUGAUAAUUCCUAAAGGUGCACUUAGUUAUAUUGAAAAUCUUAAUUGUACAUCAGCAUCAAUCCUGUCAACAUUCAGUAGUAAUGAUUUUGGUGGAAGUCUUCUGCCAUCCUUAUUUCUCUAUACUUUACCUGAACAUAUUACACGUGCUGCAUUUGGCGAUAUAACAAGUGCUGAAUAUCAAAAAAUGAAGGAAACAAUUAUUGAUAAUCAAGUUUUUUCCGUUAAUUCACAGUGUUUGGAGGCAUGUAAGAAUUAA